AUGGCGGCUGAUGCUGGAGGCGUUUCUCCGGCAGUCCCAUCACUGGCGGAUCGCUACUUCACCCGCUGGUACAAGGCUGAUGCUAAGGGAAGGUCGUGUGAGCAUCACUGUAUUUUGCAGCACUCUAACAGAAUCUGUGUAAUCACAUUGGCAGAAUCUCAUCCACUUCUUCAAAAUGGAAAAACAAUUAAGAGUAUUAAUUACCAAAUUAGUGCCAACUGUAGCCGACUUCAGAACAAAGUUUCUGGGAAGUUUAAGCGGAUAUCCUGUUCAGAUGGAGAAGAAUAUACUGUGUCAAGCUGUGUGAGAGGACGGUUGAUGGAAGUAAAUGAAAAUAUUCUAGAUAAGCCAUCCAUUUUGCAGGAAAAGCCAUCCACUGAGGGAUAUAUUGCUGUUGUACUGCCCAAAUUUGAAGAAAGCAGGAGCAUUACUGAGGGAUUGUUGACACAAAAAGAUUAUGAAGAAAUCGUGAUGAAACGAAUUAAUAACAAAUCAGAAAUCUCUUGAAGACAAAUGAAAUCAAAAGAAACAGAUCUAUAUCUGUUAAAGUAACAACUGUUGUAGAGUACAUGACUGAACAAGAAAGCAUUGGCAAAUUCUUUGGAUUGUGGGAUGGUUCUGCUUCAGUUCUUGGCCAUUUCAGUAUUGGUGAACUUUGCUGGUCCGUCUUUUAUAUAUAAUACUUAGAUCAUCACCCCUCCCCCCCUCCCCCAAGAUGUUCUCUGCCCAGGUAUGCUCUGUUUCUCCCUAGCUCUUCUCAUUUACUCAAACACAACAUAAACAAUGGGGAAGCUGCUAAUAUUUUCCCCCAAAUAUUUUGUUCUUAUUUGGGGAUCACUUUGGUGGAACAAAAGACCCUCUUAGACCUCUUCUUUUACCAGUUUCAUGAGAACAUUUAUAUAAGGUAGUAUACUUUGCCCAAGGACACUUUUUGUCUUCCUGAGGAAUAGAGAUUGGAAGUGAGAGGAAGCAGAAACUAGGCCUGUGUUGGUGAACCUAUGGAACAUGUGCUGGAGGAGGCUGCUCCCUUCUCUCUCCACCAUGCUUGAGGAUAUU